AUGCCGGAAGAGCAGAACAACGGAUCCGUGCCUCCAGCGCCAUCCCCGCAUACGGAGGUCAAAGAUGCCCCUGCUCCUUUCGAUGACCGCGACGCCGAUGUCAUCCUCCGCUCGUGUGAUCUCGUAGACUUUCGCGUCUUCAAACUCGUCCUAUCCCUCGCCUCUCCUGUCUUCAAAUCCAUGUUCACCCUGCCACAAUCCCUGAGCUCUUCCCAAUCCACCGUGGCCGAUGAUGACGAUCAUAGAGAUGGUAUCCCUAUCGUUCGUCUCUCAGAGGAUGCGCGCACCUUGGAGGAUGUCUUACGCUCGUUUUAUCCGGUCUCCGUUCCAUGCGUUGAUAGCAUGGAAGGAAUUGCACGCGUCCUCGCCGUUGCAGAGAAAUACGAAAUUGAUACGUUCCGUAGGAGGGCACGCGAGAUGUUGUUGAACCGUGUCGACGAAGAUCCCGUCUCUGCAUAUACGAUUGCCGUUCGGUUCCAAAUAGAGGCAAUAGUCGCGAAAGCCGCCAUAGCCUUCCUUACGAUCCAUCACACGACUAUCAUGAAAUGCUCCUCGCCCUUACUCUCCCUCAUCACCGCUGAGCAAUUCCGACGUCUUCUCUCGUUUCAUCAUCAUGCUGGCAAAGUAGCUAGCGCAAUGCCUUUCUCAAAGCACUGGUUGAACACCCUCCCAUCUUCUAUGAUGAGUACCAUUUAUGCGUGCAGCCGUUGUCAAGAAAAACGAUCUGUGACAGCUGCCGGUGGAGACGAGACUAUAGUGUUUUACGCACCUGGCUACGUAUGGGAGUACCUCACUCGUGCAGCUUUCGAGUUGAAGGAUUGGCCAUGCGCGGGAUCGGCGUCAACCGCGAGUGUCGUCAAGGGUAUCGUGGAUUCUGGAUCAUGCUAUUCAUGUGGGCGAGACAGGACUGGUUGGAUGGCGGUGGUGCGUCAAAGUCUUGCCGAUGCGAUCAACGAAGCUGUUGCAGCGCUGAAACCAUCUGACUAUGGGAUGGAAGGAUAA